AUGACGCCCGAAGAGGAGAGACAGCUGGAGAACAACCAGGAAGAGGAGGAGGAGGAUGUGGUCCUUGCUGCCGAGGACGUGGCGGAGGUGCUCGAGGACGACGGCCUCAAGCCGGACGAGGACAUGGAGGAAGACCUGCCUGCAGACCACGAGCCGAUGAUCAAGGACGAGGAGGAGAAGGGCAAGCCGAGUAACGCGUGGGGAGGAACCUUCCUGCAUAAGCCCGGAUCAUCCAUCUUCGCCCUCGCAUUGCACCCCAUGUUCCCGAACCCGCCGCUAGCCGUUACUGGAGGACAGGACGAUGUCGCUUAUGUCUUCUGCCCGCUUCCCCCGAGUCAAGGUGGAGCGUGGAACCGUGACACCUACCAGCCCGUGCGGUUGACGGGGCACACUGACUCGAUCGCGUGUGCCUCCUUCUCAAACGACGGAGAGUAUGUCGCUACCGGAGGUCUCGAUGGUCGUGUGCGUGUCUGGAGGCGAGUUAAGACCCGCCGCGGUGUGACCUAUGACGAUGCGGAUCCCGAGGCGUGGCGAUUUUGGGAGUUCAUCACCUCACUCGAGGCGGGCGGAGACGUGCACUGGCUGCAGUGGCAUCCGAAGGGUCCCGUUCUGGCCGCCGGAUGUGAGGACGCGAGUGUCUGGCUCUGGAACCUGCCCUCCGGACGGACGAUGACGGUUCUCUCGUCGCACACCAUGGCGUGCACCGCGGGCAUCUUCCCCCCACCGGGGAAACAGCUCCUGACUGCUUCCCUCGACUCGUCGCUUGUGCUCUGGAACCCCGCGGCUGGCAGCCACGAGUUCAAGAGCUCCAUCUUCUACCCGCCCCAUGCGCCCGAGCUCGACCCGUCAGUGCACGGCAUCACCUCGCUUGCGAUCGCACCGUCUGGCCUCGUCGCGUGCGGUUCCGCCAAUGGUCGCAUUCGUCUGAUCGCGAUGCCGAGAGGCGAGUGUGUCCAGACGCUGGACGCGCACGAUAAGAACGAGUCAGUGGAGGGACUCGUGUUCAUGGACCUCCUCGGCGGACGAGACGGAGGCAAGGGUGUCGUGCUCGUGUCUGCCUCGACGGACGGACAGUGCUUCGUCUUUGACGCCACGACUGGACGCGGGCGUGCGAUGAUGAAGCACCCCGCCGCCGUUACUGCCAUGACGCCCCACCCCGCCCCGAGCCAGCACCUCAUCACCACGGCGUGCACCGACGGCUCGCUCCGCACGUGGGAUGUCAGGAAUGGCAUUCUCCUCGCCGAGCACACCGGACACCCCGGUGCCGUCCUCGGCGUCGCAGUCGGGAAGGCGCCGGAUGGAGAGUCGCCCCUCGGCCUGCCUGAAGCGCAGCUCGUGAUCUCGGCCGGCGAGGAGGGCGCGAGCCUUAUCUGGCGUGUCUGA